AGUGUCAAAGCAAUUUACCGGAGAUCAACAUUCUUCACAUUUUAUUACGAUAAACUAUUUAACGAUCGCCAUGAGAUUGGUAUUAGCAUUCACGCUAGUAUGUAUGACUGCCGUAGAUGCUGGAUUCGUUCAAUCUUAUCGUCAAGGUGCUAAUUUCGCCUAUGCCUUCAACACUCAGCUGCAUCAACCAGUUCCAUUGAUGCACUACCCUGGCCCAGCUUUCCAGCCAAUCUAUUUUGCUAACCCAAAUGGAUUGUUGGACUACUAUGAAAAUCCUUCCUACACGCAGCCGGAGUUGUUUGACGAUGACGAAGUCUUCCGCACUGCCGAGCCAAAUGAAAGUAAAUGGUUUCAUUCGAACCCGGUGAAUACGGCGCAUGCCACCGCUGGGGCAUCCGAAUUUCCGGUUAUAUCUGCAUCGGCUUCUGGAACAAAGAGGCCUAAUAGAAUCGCCGCUUCUGGAGCAAACAGGCCUAAUGGAAUCGCCGCUUCUGGAGCAAGCAGGCCUCAUGGAAUUGCCGCUUCUGGAGCAAGCAGGCCUCAUGGAAUUGCCGCUUCUGGAGCAAACAGACCUAAUGGAAUUGCAGCUUCUGCAAUCGGUACGUCAUCGUCAUCCAAUGGAGUUAGUGCUUCCGCGAUAAACACAAUCAAUGGAGUGACAGUUUCGGACUCAGCACCCAGCGCCAUCUUCCAAUAUCCUCUGCUGAGGCUCUUCCACAGACUGUUCAACAGGCCUUUGACGAGCAGACCUAAUCGUCCUCAUUCUUCUACUUCAGGUGUUAGACCGAUAUUUGGCGAUCGAGACACUGUUGUUAUCAACGCCAUUCGUUAAAAUUUCUAUUUAUCUUAACUGUUAUACGCCCGUAGGGCAGGAAAGGAAACACGUUCAAUCCUUUUGUUGGGGGUUGUUCUUCUUAGCUUAUACGUAUUAUUCAUGCAAAUUCGAAAUAAACAAGAUAACAAGUU